AUGGAGAAAAGCAAUCAUCCCACAUCAGCUGUCCCGCAAACUACUGCGGAAGAUGAGGCCGCCACGACGCCCCCUCCGUACUCUGGCCCGUCGUUAUCAGGGCCGGCAGCACCUGAAGGACAACGAGACGAGCUAGCAAUGGAACCUUUCAAAGGCAUACCUCGAUAUCCCGGUCUACCCAAGUUGGACUAUAAGCUGUAUUCGCCCCCGUUGUUCAAAUUGUCAAGUGAUUCGAUCACUUUGUCCUCAAAGGCCGAGUAUCUAUCGUCAAACGCUGCUGCCCUGGCCUCUCUGAUCAGGGCGCAAUCGACAGUGCCCCCUAAACCCCAGAUUCAAGUUCGAGGCAGUCGUGGUCGUAGGGUGGAUUUUGAUAUCAAACUUAAUCUUAUGAGCUUACUGGUCCCUGACGACGAACGGAUGCGCAUGGACUACAUCCGGUGCGUGGGUGAAGGCGAGGUAGCUCAUCGAGGAGGUGUUCGACCAGAUGUGCUUCCCGAAGUGGGUGAAGGUGGUCUGGAAGAAUGGUGUCGAAGAUUCGUGCAAGACACAGCCACUGUCAAAACGUUUGCUCUGGACCGUGUCGUUGCGAAUCUCGAUGUGGGUUGGCUAGAGGGCCAUUUGCGAAGCCUCAUUGCAUCGCUCAAAUAUCGAGGGGCUGUUGAUGUGACCUUCCUCGUCACCCAUAGCCGUGUUUUGGUGCAGAACCCAGAUAGAGUCAAUCAGUUCUUCACUAAUGUCACAAGCCUAUUCUCAGGUAAGAACAAGUACGAAGUCGUCAAGGCUGUGUGGCCAUUUGCCACGACAAAGAACGGAGAGCCCGGCCGGAGAUGCAUCGUUCAAAGCGAGGAAGUAUGGUGGAAAGAAUGGAAAGAUCCUAUUCGAUAUGCCAUCUCACAGAAAAGGCAAGGCUGGGUUACUGUUGAGGACAAACUGGAGGCUGUCAUGGAAGGGAAAGGCAAUCAGACCGAGGCUGUUGAUUGGGGCCCGGAUCAAUAUGGAACAUCUUGA